GGGGAUUGGAAUCGGGUUUUGUAUAAAAUCAGCUAGCCUAAAUAAAAUGCCAGGCUGGGAAGAUAGCUCGUGGGGUUAUCAUGAUGAUGAUGGACAAAUGCAUUUUAACAAAGAGUGUGAACCAUAUGAACCAAAAUUUAUGACCGGUGAUACUAUCGGAUGUAGUUUAAAUAUAAGAAAUAAUACG